GUCAGGAACCCGGAAGAAGAUUGCUUCGGUGUUGUCAUAAGGGCUCAGCUGAUAGAUCUUUACGACACAAAACAGAGGUACAAAAAAACCAGGACGAGUUCUACUGUUAUUCUGCAGCUGAUUUAGAUUGUUUGUUUUUACGGAUUCUGGGUCACAGCGUCGCCAUCAUGAACGUGACCCUCGCGGUGAAGCAGUACAUCUCCAAGAUGAUCGAGAACAGCGGGCCCGGGAUGAAGGUCCUGCUCAUGGACAAGGAGACGACCAGUAUAGUGAGCGUGGUGUACACCCAGUCUGAGAUCCUGCAGAAGGAGGUUUACCUGUUUGAACGGAUUGACUCGCAGAACAGAGACAGCAUGAAGCACCUGAAGGCCAUCUGCUUCCUUCGUCCAACUAAGGAGAAUGUGCAGCACCUAAUCCAGGAGCUACGAAGACCAAAUUACAGUGUCUACUUCAUCUACUUCAGUAAUGUGAUCAGUAAGAGUGAGAUAAAAGCUCUGGCUGAGGCAGAUGAACAGGAGGUGGUGGCUGAAGUCCAGGAGUUUUAUGGAGACUUCAUUGCUGUGAAUCCUCACCUGUUUUCCCUCAACCUGCAGGGUGUCGCCCGGGGCCGGACAUGGGAAACUUCCAUGUUGUCCCGCUGCACUCAGGGUUUGACUUCCGUCCUGCUCGCUCUGAAGAAAUGUCCAAUGAUUCGCUAUCAGCUGUCCUCUGACAUGGCCAAACGUCUUGCAGAAAAUGUCAAGCAAAUCAUCACAAAGGAAUACGAGCUGUUUGACUUCAGGAAGACUGAAGUCCCUCCUCUGCUGCUGAUCCUUGACCGCAGUGAUGACGCCAUCACACCGCUGCUAAACCAGUGGACGUACCAGGCGAUGGUCCAUGAGCUGCUGGGUCUGAACAACAACCGGAUCGACCUAUCCAGGGUCCCUGGGAUCACCAAGGACCUGAGGGAGGUGGUGCUCUCUGCGGAGAACGAUGAGUUUUACGCCAACAACUUGUACUUAAACUUCGGGGAGAUCGGCACCAACAUAAAGAACUUGAUGGAAGAUUUCCAGAAAAAGAAACCCAAAGGGCAACAGAAGCUGGAGUCCAUUGCUGACAUGAAGGCAUUUGUGGAUAACUACCCUCAGUUUAAGAAGAUGUCGGGAACUGUGUCCAAGCACGUUACAGUGGUGGGGGAGCUGUCCCGGCUGGUGUCAGAGCGGCAGCUGAUGGAGGUGUCUGAGGUGGAGCAGGAACUGGCUUGUCAGAACGACCACUCUAGCGCUCAACAGAACGUUCGACGGCUGCUGCAAAAUCCCCGUGUUUCGGAGUUGGACGCCGUCCGUCUCGUCAUGCUCUACGCUUUGAGAUACGAACGUCACAGCAGCAGCAUCCUCUCCUCUCUGAUGGAAGAGCUGAGCAGGAGAGGAGUGUCUGAACGCUACCGCAAGAUGGUUCAGUCAGUUGUGGAGUAUGGUGGAAAGAGAAUCAGAGGAAGUGACCUCAUCACACCGACAGAUGCUGUUGCCAUCACCAAACAGUUCUUCAAAGGACUAAAGGGUGUAGAGAACGUGUAUACACAGCAUCAGCCUCUGCUGCACGACACUCUGGACCAGCUGAUUAAAGGUCGACUCAAAGACAGCCAGUUCCCUUACCUGGGACCCAGCAGCCUCAGAGACAGGCCUCAAGACAUUAUGGUGUUUCUGAUUGGUGGAGCCACAUAUGAAGAAGCUUUGACCGUUUACAACCUGAACCGUAAUACUCCUGGGGUUCGGAUUGUGCUGGGAGGAAGUGCCAUCCACAACACUAAGAGUUUCCUUGAAGAGGUGAUUUUGGCGACGGGUCACAGUGGUGACAGAGCACAGGGAAGUGGUCGUCAUUCCACCAGGCGAUAAACACCAACUCUUGUACUGACUUUUCACCUCUUGUAGAAUAAACUGCAUCAUUCCCUUUG